AUGUUUUGCAAGGCUCUGGUGUUAGCCGUUAGCUUAGGGAGGGCAGUUGUGGCUCAAGGAGGAUCACUCAAAAUCAGUACGCCGACGAUGAAGAUGCUGCCCCUAGGCGACAGCAUCACCGAGAUCACCUGCUGGCGCGCCAAAUUGUGGGAUCUCCUCGCCGACGCGAACGUCACCUCUGACAUCCAGUUCGUCGGCUCCAUGACCGACAAUCCACAGAACUGCACCGCCGUCCACACAGACUGGGAUCACCACCACGAGGGCCACUCCGGCUACCUGGCCAUUGAUAUUGCCAACUCAGACCUCACGGGCUGGCUCGCCGCCGCGGAGCCGGAUGUGGUCAUGUUCAUGCUGGGCACGAAUGAUGUCUUCCAGGGCCAUGCUACGACGGAUAUCAUCGCGGCGUAUACGAAGAUGGUUGGCGAGAUGCGGGCGAGCAACCCUAAUAUGAAAAUCAUUGUCGAUACGGUCAUCUCAUCCCCCUAUGAGCAGUCUGGGAUUACUGCCCUUAACAAUGCAAUUCCAGCUUGGGCUCAGGGGGCAAAUACGACGGCUUCUCCCAUUUACAUUGCCGACAUUGCUGCUGUCUUCCCAGCCGGUAACACAGACCUGAGAGAUGGUGUCCAUCCUAACGACGCAGGCGACACUGUGAUUGCCAACGUACUGGCGCCUCUGUUGACUUGGGUCAUACAGUCAAGCACUGCGAGUUGA